AUGAUCGGGGUCAUUGGAGAGAGUUCCAACUUGAUCUUCGUUGCAUUGGGUUUCAAUUUCACUACUAUAAAUGACUCGAUAAGAAGGAGUACUAUAAAUUUUCAAUGGCCCAGAUAUUGUUUGCGGGAUAAAUACAUUGCUUCUUGUUCUUCGAGCAAUGAAAGACCCGUAUGGAAUUCUGAAAGCAGUAAACGAAGAACCCAUCUCAGGAAUCAUUGUCAUGAUGACAACGGUUACGGGGAGGAGGAAAAACAGAGAAAAGUUCAGUUUGAAGUUGAGGUGAUUUCAUGGCGUGAAAGGAGAAUCAAGGCUGAAGUAGUUGUUAACGCAGAUGUGAACUCUGUUUGGGAUUCUCUCACUGACUAUGAGAAGCUUGCUGAUUUCAUUCCCAAUCUUGUAAGUAGUGGUAGAAUUCCUUGUCCACAUCCUGGACGUAUAUGGUUGGAGCAACGAGGUUUGCAGCGAGCUCUUUAUUGGCAUAUAGAAGCUCGGGUUGUCUUGGAUCUUCAAGAAUUAUAUAAUUCAGAACAUGAUCGGGAACUCAUAUUUUCCAUGGUGGAAGGCGAUUUUAAGAAGUUCGAAGGAAAGUGGUGUGUCAAAUCUCUUAUGAGAUCCUCAAAAACCACUGUAAGCUAUGAACUCAAUGUGAUUCCAACGUUCAACUUCCCUACCAUUUUCUUGGAGAAAAUCAUCAGUUCUGAUCUACCAGUAAAUCUUGAGGCCUUGGCCUGCAGAGCUGAAGGUAGUUUCAAGGGAAGCCAGAAUCCAUUGAGUGAUGAAGCAUCCCCAGUUGCAAAACUUAUGGUUUCCCUUCCUACUACAAGUUCAGAUACUGCUGGUGCUUCAUCUGAUUAUAAUAAGUUUUCGAAGGGAGAACUUAAGGAAAAGUAUGUGAAGGCUACUUUAAGCACCUCGUCUCCUGUAACAAGUGAGUUCAACACUAAUUGGGGAGUCUUCGGGAAAGUUUGCAAGCUCGAUAGGCCAUGUACGGUGGAUGAAGUUCAUCUUCGCAGAUUUGAUGGCCUAUUGGAAAAUGGAGGUGUGCAUCGCUGUGUUGUUGCAAGUAUAACUGUCAAAGCUCCUAUGCGUGAUGUUUGGAAUACUUUAACCGCUUAUGAGAGACUCCCUGAGAUAGUUCCGAACUUGGCUAUCAGCAAGGUUAUAUCAAGGGAGAAUAAUAAAGUUCGCAUUCUUCAGGAGGGAUGCAAAGGCUUACUUUAUAUGGUACUUCACGCCCGUGUCAUCCUUGAUUUGUGUGAAGUACUUGAGCAGGAGAUCAGCUUUGAGCAGGUCGAAGGCGAUUUUGAUUCAUUCAGUGGGAAAUGGAUUUUAGAGCAAUUAGGAAAUCAUCAUACGCUGUUGAAAUACACCGUGGAGUCCAAAAUGCACAAGAAUUCAUUUCUUUCAGAAGCUAUUAUGGAAGAGGUAAUUUAUGAAGAUCUCCCCUCAAAUUUAUGUGCCAUUCGGGAUUACAUCGAGAAUAAGGGUGAUGAAGAGACUGCUAAACCAUUCGCUUACUCAAAUGAAUAUCUCGCUUCAUCUUCUGAGGUCAAUUCCACCGAUCGUGAUGACCCAACUAAUCAAGAUUCAAACUGUGGUAGUUCAAGUUCAUCAAGGCAGAGACCCAAGGUUCCAGGACUGCAAAGAGACAUUGAAGUUCUCAAAUCGGAACUCUUAAAUUUCAUAGGUGAACAUGGACAGGAGGGAUUCAUGCCAAUGAGAAAGCAACUAAGGAAGCACGGGAGGGUGGACAUUGAGAAGGCGAUCACACGAAUGGGAGGAUUUCGAAGAAUCGCUGCAACAAUGAAUCUUUCCCUGGCUUACAAGCAACGUAAGCCAAAAGGAUACUGGGAUAACCUAGAAAAUUUGCAACAAGAGAUAACUUGGUUCCAGAGGAACUGGGGAAUGGAUCCAUCAUUCAUGCCCAGCAGAAAAGCUUUUGAGCGUGCAGGUCGAUACGAUAUUGCUCGUGCUUUGGAGAAAUGGGGAGGUGUUCAUGAAGUUUCCAGGCUUUUGUCGCUUAAGGUUAGGUAUCCUAAUAGACAAACAAACUCGACAAAAGAGAGAAGAAUGGAUGUUUUAGCACCCAUUGAUCAGGACCAAUCACAAUCCAAGCUUCAUGUUUCACAAAACACUCAAAAGUGGUUGACAAAGCUUAAAGCAUUCGACAUAAAUUGGGUGGAAUAA